AUGACUGUCACUGAGCACAGGAGGCCUGAGGGAGUCCUGGAGGCCCAGUCUCACCCUAGUCUUGAUUUUAAUCUUUCAGUUGCCCCCAUAAUCCUUCUGGAGUCACACUGUGCUGCAGCCAGAGACACAGUGCAGUGCCUGUGUGUGGUGAAAUCCAACCCAGAACCUUCUGUGGCCUUUGAGCUGCCUUCCCGCAACGUGACUGUGAAUGAGACAGAGAGGGAGUUCGUGUACUCAGAACGCAGUGGCCUCCUGCUCACCAGCAUCCUCACACUACGGGGGCAGGCCCAGGCCCCACCCCGGGUCAUCUGUACUUCCAGGAACCUCUACGGCACCCAGAGCCUAGAGCUGCCCUUCCAGGGAGCACACCGACUGAUGUGGGCCAAAAUUGGGCCUGUAGGCGCCGUGGUUGCUUUUGCCAUCCUGAUAGCCAUUGUGUGCUACAUCACCCAGACACGCAGAAAAAAGAACGUCACAAACAGCCCCAGUUUCUCAGCGGGAGACAACCCACACGUCCUGUACAGCCCCGAAUUCCGAAUCUCCGGGGCACCUGAUAAGUAUGAGAGCAAGAGGCGCCUGGGAUCUGAGAGGAGGUUGCUGGGUCUUCGGGGGGAACCCCCAGAGCUGGACCUCAGUUAUUCCCACUCAGACCUGGGAAAACAACCCACCAAGGACAGCUACACCCUGACGGAGGAGCUGGCUGAGUACGCCGAAAUCCGAGUCAAGUGAUGAACCUGGGGGCUGGCCCUGUGGCUUACCCCCUCAGGACCCUCGCUGGCCCUCACUGGCUGUGGGCUCCCUUCCUCUUCAAAGUGGUAGGCUGAGGGCAGGAAGGGUGAGGGCAGGAGAUAGUGAGGUCCUGGGGGCCCGGCCUCCCCUCCUCCCCAGCUGUUCCUCCUUGCCAACAUGCCAUGGCCACGUUACAGCUCCUUCUAUCUUCCUUUAGCCUCAGCUGUUUAGAGGGGCGCUCUGUCUGUCCGUGUUAUUUAUUGCGAUCCCUCUCCUUUGUCUCCUGUCCCCCUACCUGGCCCUGGGACCUGUACAGAAGGGACAUGAAAUAAAUGUCCUAAUGCCAAAUGGCAUUCUA